AUGUACGGCCCUCUUGGUGUAAAUUCUGCUUUUAUUGGAGAAGGACUCAAUUUCACACUCUCAAAGACUUACGUUUGUUCAAAUUCUGCUCGAUAUUCAAUCAUGUACUUUGAUAUGUGCCAAUUAUGUGAUUUAAUGGAUUUAAAUGAACCUCUUAUUGCCUCUGAAUGUAUAGUUGGUCACUACGUUGUAAGAAAGGAAUUAGAUUGUAUCAAGGAUAUCAAAACGAACGAAGUUUUCAAAGUGGCAUCUUUCUCAAAAGAUUUUAAUGAGAUUACCUUAAUUUCCAACACCACCAAUAAGACAAGGGAGAUUAGUAGAAGUGAAGCAUUUGAAAUGCUCCCAUGUGUUGUUGUCAAACUCCCUGAUGAAGAGAAAUAUAUUCCUGUGCAUUAUUAUGCAUAUCAAUACUUUUAA